AUGAACUAUUUAUUAGCCAACGAUGAGAUAAUGUUCCACACUUAUCAAGCAAAAUCGUCAAAGGCAUACAGUGUAUAUAUUAGACACCUUCACCUAUCCACCAGUACAAAUGACAUACAAACCAGUUUGAUAAACGAAGGUCACGAUGUAAUUCGAGUCACUAAUAUCAUAAAUCGUUUCACCAAAGUGAACUUGCCACUAUUUCGAGCUGAUAUAAUUAUCGCCGAUAACAACAGCGACAUUCUAAAAUUAAAUUCGAUUCUCCACACCAAAGUUAAAGUGGCAAUCCCAAGGAAAAAGUCCGCUCCGUCUCAAUGUACUAAUUGCCAAGCAUAUUUCCAUACGACAAAUUACUGUCGUUACCAUCCACGCUGCGUCAAAUGCGGCCAGAACCAUAUAUCCAGCGAUUGCACGAAAUCACUGUCAGUAUCCACCAAAUUCGCUCUCUGCUCUGGUCCACAUACUUCAUCGUAUAAGGGUUACCCGCGUUACAAAAAAAUCAUAUCUAAACAUGGGAAACCGACAAGCAGAAAUCGUCCUAUCAAAUUAAACCUGCGGCACAACGCAAUGUCAACUCCAAGUCGAAACGGAAUCUUACAUACGCCAAGGUAA